AUGAGGAUGUUCAAAUAUAUAGGUGGAAAAGUUCCUAGAUUUGUUAAGAUCUUUAAACGGUACAAAAUUACCGGAUCAAAGACUGCUACUAGAAGGAGUGUGAGAAGUAAGGACUCGUCGGUCUCUUCAGGCUCGGUCUCUUCAGGCUCGCACUCUUCAGGCUCGGGCUCCCCAUUUGCUAAUUCAUUAACCUUCCAGGCUUUCAUGAUUGUUGGUGCCAUGGGAGCAGGAUAUUCACUAGGAAAAUCUAUGAUCACGGAAAACCCACCAACAGACUUGUUUCCUUCAGGCUCGACUACCAAAUUAAUAGAUCUUCCUGUUAAGAAUUCCAAAGAAUAUGGUGAUUACGACAAGUUUAAAAGAUGCAUAUUACGUAUUUUGGAAUCUCAAGGUUACACUUUUGAUCAGAAGAAUAACAAGAAUGACUAUUUGUUUGAGGAUUCUUUUAUAAGUAAGGAUUUGGCCCAAGUGAUGAACGACGUUAGCCAUUUUCAGGAGAUUUUUUGGGGUAAAAAGAUCGAUGAUAUUGACGAAAAGAAGUUUAUAUUUUAUCCGGAAAAUGCCUCUCAAGUCAGUAGCAUCCUAAAGUAUUGUCAGGAGUUUCGUAUUCCUGUGUUCACUACUGAACAGAGCUAUUUGCACUUCUCAAAGAAGAUCCCAUAUAGAAUGGAGAUUAAUUUCAGUCGAAUGACUGGUUAUGAAGCUGUUAAGGAUGAUGAUUCAGUAAUGGAUGUUCAGCCAGGGGUCAAUUUACAUGAUAUUAACGAGUAUUUGAAUGAAAAGGGAUUUCAAAAUUUGAAUUCCACUACAUCUCCGCUGGAUCUGUUGCUAAGUUCGGUAGGUAUUGAACUUACCGAUUCAUCAAACAGGCUUUUCUAUAAUAAAUUUGACAAAUCACAGGUUAUACAGUUUACAGCAGUGCUUUCCGAUGGUACCGAAAUGACUGUGGACAGAAAUAGUGAAGGCUAUAAAUUAUUUGAGCUUCUUUCCAGCAUCGAAAAUUCUUCAGCAAUAAUCACGAAUCUUAGAAUGAACGUUUUUAUGAAAUCUGCUCAAUCUAAGGAUUUAUUAGUGGUUCUGGCGUUUAAAUCAAUCGAUGACAUCAAUUCUACAGUGAAAGAACUUAGCGCGCAAAAAAGGAUUUCCCAAUUAGGAAAUAUAGGAUUCGUUGAUAGUUCGAAAUGCAGGACAUUGGAGGAGAGAUUUGAAGGAUAUAAAACGUUUGCAGUAUUGAAGGUUGCUGCAGAUCAGUACAGUAGACUUGGAAGCAAAUUUAACAAGGGAUGUGAUAGGUUUAAGGUGUUUAAGAUAGAUAUCAAGGAUUUGGAUGGAUAUCAGAGCAGUUACUAUUCGAAUCGGAUGGAUAAGCCUGAUUUGAACCGGAAUGAUAAGCCUGAUGCAGAUUCCAAAGCUUCCAGUGCACUUAUAGUAUCACGGGAUCUUCUAAAACAGAAAUUGUGCAGCUAUUACUCGACAAGUCAUCUACUGGAGACUGCACAGACAGAUAAAAUGAUAGUUGAAGGAAACCCUCAGACAGAUUUAUUAAGAAGAAUUAAACUAAGUUUGGAUCCUGCCAAGAUUCUUAACGUAAACGUUGACAUCAUAGCGAAGGCAGGAGAAACCCAGACCAAACUCAUAUAG